AUGUGGUGUGGGGAGUGCGCUGUGGAAGCCUUGUUCUCUGACCUCCCAGGUGAAGAUGAGAGCGACUGCCGGAGCCUGGAGACCGAACCGGGAGAGCCCGUGCAGUCUGCAGGAGAGCCUCCAAUCAAGUUUGACCCGAUUGUGGUCACCAGUCGCCUGCGGUGGAUGGGGGACCAGUGCAACAUGGAUUUUGAAAGGGUUUCUUCCGAGGCUCUUGCCGCAGUGCUCAAGGGAAAGAUGGAGAAGUUUGGGGCUGCCGUGGGCUCUCUCAGCAGGAGCUGGAGUGACCAGAACCCUGAGCUGGUCUAUGAGAGAGCUUUUCUCUGUGUUUCUGUGAAAUUGCUAAUGCAUGUCGCUAAGAAAGUCCCAGCUAUGGUGCAUCCCAACGAACUCAUAGAAGUGAUUAACGGAAAUUCUCAAGUGAGAAACUACAUUGAGGCCUGUGGCGGAUAG